AUGUCUAGUGCAGUAGAAGUGAAUGCAACAAGUAAAUAUAAUUUGAACUAUAUUGUAUCAGAAGGAGAACAACCUCCUACAGAGAUACAUGGUGAUGUAUUUGAUCGGCAGCGUGUUAUGAAAAACUUUCAUCAGGGCUCAGUUGAACAACAGCGUGUCUUUGUAUUAGGCGUUGGCGGUAUUGGUAGCAGUAUUGCAAUGUCUCUCGUGAGAACGGGAGUAGACACAGUACAUUUACUUGAUCGUGACUUUGUGAAUGCAUCCAAUUUAAAUCGACAAAUAUUAUUCAGUUUAUCAGAUAUCGGCCGAUCGAAAGUAGAAGCAGCAGCCCAACAUUUAAAACAGAUACACAAUUUAAGAACAAAUAUAUAUGAUUAUCAUACUGAUGCCGUUACGAAUUGGUCUGGUGUUGUUGAGAUAGCUAAGAAAUGUACAGUCAUAUUCAACAAUAUCGAUUAUGGAGCGGUGUUUGAUUAUGCGGUGAAUUCACUAUGUAAAUCAUUAGGUAUAUUGUACGUCGCUGGUUCGACAUACGCUAAUAACAUUGAAAUUAACCUAUUUUCUGGUUUACCAAACGAUCCAUGCUGGGCGUGUAACAAUAAUACAACUGACUCAUUCAAGUUUACUACUCAAGAACUAGAAAACAGAAAUGAUAUUCAAUUAUUUCUCAAACAAAUGAGCUGUAUAUCGGGUGAACAAUCACGAUCAGUUAUAGAGGAAUGCCUGAACGAAUUGAAACUAAAGAUGCCUUCAGCAUCACAGUUGUCGACAUUAUUUAUGCCUCUGUAUCAACAAAAGACACUGGAGUUAUUGCUACCGCAAAAUAUACAGAAACAUCAAUCAAUCGAGUUCAUACCAAAAGACAGAUCAUUCCCAACGAGAACGGUUGGAAGCUGGGUCGGCGUUUGCGUUUCUGGGGCAUGUUUGAUUGUCAAUACAUGGAUACAAUAUAUAAUGAAAACUAGAAACUCGAAUUCCGAUAUGAACAAACCGUUCCAUAAUUGGAAUCAGUUAAACUUAUCGAUGUUUGAUGGUGGUUACUAUACCGCAGGAUUUCCAAACGAACAAAAUCUCAAAUGUUGUCCGGUUUGUUCAAAUGCAAAGCAAAUAUCAGAACAAAAUUCAUAUUCAGAAGAAAAAUAA